UGCGUAUAGCACUCAGACGCUGCUGCAGACAGACAAUCCUUCCAGACUUGGAAGGCAGAAGCCUAGCAACACGACAAAGGCGGUGACUGGGAGAACAGUAGGUUCCAGAAUGUCUCACGACGUUGCAAAUGUAUAUGAUAUUCGUUUACUUUAACGAUAUAUUAGGACGAUAUAUUUGUGCGCGGCGGCUUUGACUUCCGAGACGCGCGUCUCCAAACUUUGUCCACUUCAAAAUACAGGUAGUGUUCAACCUCUCACUCGAACAGAAACCUAAAUUCUCGGACAAUGACAGGUUCAAUCAUUUUUAGCAUUCUCUGUAUUUGGAUGUUUUCACCCAGUCUGUCACGAGGGACCGGGUUUAUCUAUCAGUUUCCAGGUGUGACAUUGCAACGCAUCCACACUGAACACACCGCUGGACCCCCUGCAGGCACCAAUGCGGCUCGCAGGAACUGGUGUCAGUACACAGUGUCGAAGACUGUGUCAUGCCAGGUGCACAACGGGACAGAGAAGCUGGUACAGCGUAUGUUUCAGAGUUGCCGGUGGCCGGGACCCUGUUCUAACCUCAUCAGUUACAGGACCAUUGUCCGGCCCACAUACAUGCUAACGUAUCGCCAGGUGACGGCAUUGGAGUGGAGGUGCUGCCCAGGCUUUAUGGGCGACAACUGCAGAGAGGAAUGUAUGAACUGCACUGGCUAUACUAAUAUGAAUAACAGACUGAGUAUCCUUGAGUCCAAGAUUGUGUUACUGGAGGAGGCAGGACCACCACCUCUCCCAUUCAGAUACUCCCCAGAUAGGUCUUCAGAUAACGAGGUGGGAGCACCCCAGCCCACCCCCAUGCCUCCCCCCACCAUUGGCCUACCAGGAGCAAGAGGCCCCCCAGGACCAGUUGGACCCCAAGGCGUGGUGGGACCCCCUGGACGCACCGGAGAGACAGGCCUCGAAGGGAAAUCUGGACCCAUGGGACCCAGAGGGCCCCAGGGCCAGCGAGGAGCCCCAGGGGAGAGAGGUGUACCUGGGCCAGCGGGUUCUCCGGGGCCAGCCUCUCCCUUCUCUCACAGAGGAGAUGUGUUUGGUCUGAGGGAGCUGGACCAGUAUGAAGAGGCUGCGCUCCCUUCACGGAAUAACCAGAAAGAUGUGACCGGUCUCCCAGGCCCCAUCGGACCCCCUGGACCCCCAGGCCGGCCUGGACCCACAGGGCCUGCUGGAAACACAGGUACCCCAGGCAGAAACGCCGGGUUUGGUCUCUCAGGCAAGCCUGGGGAUCGCGGACCUAAAGGAGACACUGGUGAAAGGGGACCCCCAGCACACAGGGGAGAACAUGGUCAGCCAGGUGCACCAGGGCCAAAGGGUGAACCAGGAGAUAGCCAGGCUGAGGGGGAGGGGGUGCAGCAGCUGAGAGAGGCUCUGAAGAUCCUGGCUGAGAGGGUUCUCAUUCUGGAGCACAUGAUCGGCAUUCAUGAGAACCCACUAGAACCCGGUUCUGGCCUGGACAUCCUGUCAGACCUGGUGCCCAUGUUUAAAAACAAAAGGGCGGGACCCAAUACCCUGCUCCACUCUCUCGCCACGGGAGACCGGAAGCUGAUUGGAGAGGAAAGAGUGAGGAGGGGGGACAAUUAGAUGCUCAUGCCAAUGGGUGUAGAGCAUGGUUUGUAUAUGAACUGUGAUUGUUUAAGAGACUGAGAUGGACGUACCAUGUGUUCUCUGGGCCAGAGUGUAUGACCAGUCAAUCCUCAUGGAAGCACAGAAUUCCAUCAAUCUGGGUUUUGGGCGACCGAGCGUCUGCAAAAUGACCCCUUCUCUUACUCAGAUUCUUGAAUUUGACCUGUUUAUAAUGUGUGUUUUUUUUACAUUGACUUUUAGUACUGUUGUCAUUAUCGUAGUCAUGUUAUUCCAAUGUAAUGAUGUAACUUUGGUGCUGGUACUGGCCUCAACGUGUGCAUAUUCUUAAAGUCUAGGUAGCAGAUAAUGGACCCUAUCAGAUAUUUAUGUAGUUGGUGCUGUAUAUGAACUUAAAUACAUGGGUUCUAACUUGAAACAUUAUUUGUUAGUUUACAACUGUACAAUUUAUGCAUAUAAAAUACACGAAGACUGACGGGAAAUGUACAGUUGAAGUCGGAGGUUUACAUACACUUAGGUUAGAGUCAUUAUUCAAACACUCCACAAAUGUCUUGUUAACAAACUAUAGUUUUGGAAAGUCGGUUAGGACAUCUUCUUUGUGCAUGACACAAGUAAUUUUUCCAACAAUUGACAGAUUAUUUCACUGUAUCACAAUUCCAGUGGGUCAGAAGUGUACAGAAGUUGAUUGUGCCUUUAAACAGCUUGGAUAAUUCCUGAAAAUGUCAUGGCUUCAGAAGCUUCUGAUAGGCUAAUUGACAUAAUUUGAGUCAAUUGGAGGUGUACCUGUGGAUGUAUUUCAAGGCCUACCUUCAAACGCAGUGCCUCUUUUCUUGACAUUAUGGUAAAAUCAAGAGAAAUCAGCCAAGACCUCAGAAAAAAAGUAGACCUCCACAAAUCUGGUUCAUCCUUGGGAGCAAUUUCCAAACACCUGAAGGUACCACGUUCAUCACAAACAAUAGUGCGCAAGUAUAAACACCAUGGGACCGCGCAGCCGUCAUACCGCUCAUGAAGGAGACGCGUUCUGUCUCCUAGAGAUAAACGUACUUUGGUGCGAAAGUGCAAAUCAAUCCCAGAACAACAGCAAAUGACCUUGUGAAGAUGCUGGAGGAAACAGGUACAAAAGUAUCUAUAUCCACAGUAAAACAAGUCCUAUAUCAACAUAACCUGAAAGGCCGCUCAGCAAGGAAGAAGCAACAGCUCCAAAACCGCCAUAAAAAAGCCAGACUAUGGUUUGUAACUGCACAUGGUGACGAAGAUUGUACGUUUUGCAGAAAUGUCCUCUGGUCUGAUGUAACAAAAAUAGAACUGUUUGGCCAUAAUGACCAUCGUUAUGUUAGGAGGAAAAAGGGGGAGGCUUGCAAGCCGAAGAACACCAUCCCAUUUGUGAAGAACGAGGGUGGCAGCAUCAUGUUGUGGGGGUGCUUGUGGAUAUAUUGAAGCAACAUCUCAAGACAUCAGUCAGAACGUUAAAGCUUGGUCCAAAUGGACAAUGACCCCAAGCAUACUACCAAAGUCGUGGAAAAAUGGCUCAAGGACAACAAAGUCAAAGUAUUGGAGUUGCCAUCACAAAGCCCUGACCUCAAUCCUAUUGAAAAUGUGUGGGCAGAACUGAAAAAGCGUGUGUGAGCAAGGGGGCAUAUAAACCUGACUCAGUUACACCAGCUCUGUCAGGAGGAAUGGGCCAAAAUUCACCCAACUUAUUGUGGGAAGCUUGUGGAAGGCUACCUGAAAUGUUGGACCCAAGUUAAACAAUUUAAAGGCAAUGCUACCAAAUACUAAUUGAGUGUAUGUGAACUUCUGACUGACUGGGAAUGUGAAAGCUGAAAUAAAUCAUUAUCUCUACUUAUUAUUCUGACAUUUCACAUUCUUAAAAUACAGUGGUGAUCCUAACUGAUGUAAGACAGGGAAUUUUACCAGGAUUAAGUGUCAGGAAUUGUGAAAAAUUGAUUUUAAAUGUAUUUGGUGUAUGUAAACUUCCGACUUAAGGCCUCCCGGGUAGCGCAGUGGUUAAGGGCGCUGUACUGCAGCGCCAGCUGUGCCACCAGAGGCUCUGGGUUCACGCCCAGGCUCUGUAGCAACUGGCCGCGACCGGAAGGUCAGUGGGGCGAUGCACAAUUGGCCCAGCAUUGUCCGGGUUAGGGAGGGUUUGGCCGGUAGGGAAAUCCUUGACUCAUCGCGCACCAGCGACUCCUGUUGCGGGCCGGGCGCAAUGCACGCUAACCAGGUUGCCAGAUGCACAGUGCUUCCUCCGACACAAGCCGGGUUGGAUGCGCUCUGAAGCAGUGCGGCUUGGUUGGGUUGUGUAUCGGAGGACGCAUGACUUUCAAACUUCAUCUCUCCCGAGCCCGUACGGGAGUUGUCGCGAUGAGACAAGAUAGUAGCUACUAAUAAACUUCCGAACAUGUUGUAGUCUACUGUACAUGAUGGAGGAACAUGUUGUAGUCUACUGUACAUGAUGGAGGAACAUGUUGUAGUCUACUGUACAUGAUGGAGGAACAUGUUGUAGUCUACUGUACAUGAUGGAGGAACAUGUUGUAGUCUACUGUACAUGAUGGAGGAACAUGUUGUAGUCUACUGUACAUGAUGGAGGAACAUGUUGUAGUCUACUGUACAUGAUGGAGGAACAUGUUGUAGUCUACUGUACAUGAUGGAGGAACAUGUUGUAGUCUACUGUACAUGAUGGAGGAACAUGUUGUAGUCUACUGUACAUGAUGGAGGAACAUGUUGUAAUCUACUGUACAUGAUGGAGGAACAUGUUGUCUGUCUACUGCACAUGGUAAGCUGGCACUUCACUUUUUAGUAUGGAAAGCGGCUGUGAGGAUUUUUCUACAAUAUUCACAACAUAAUGACACAAUUACAAUCUUUAUAGAAUAAAAAUCUAAUUUCAUCAAUUACAUGUGGAAAUACGUAUUUUAGGGAACAAGCAAGCAGCAGAAAGUGAAUUCAGUAACACUUUAUUUUAAGGGGUCCUUAUUACAAUGUUAUUACAUAUGUAAUUACACUGUAACAACUAUUGAAAUUAACUGUAAUAAUUCAUAGUUACACUGUAAUAAAAACAUGUAACUGGUGAUAAUUGCUUAAAUAAAGGUUUGUUAACUGACUUGCCAAGUUAAAUAAAGGUUAAGAACAAAUUGUAUUUUAUAUGACGGCAUACCCCGGCCAAACCCUCCCCUAUCCUGGACAACGCUGGGCCAAUUGUGCACCGCCCCAUGGGACUCCCAAUCACAGUCGGUUGUGAUACAGGCCAGGAUCGAACCAGGGUCCGUAGUGAACCAGGGUCGAACCAGGUGCUACAGCCCCUAGCACUGAGAUGCAGUGCCUUAGACCGCUGCGCCGCUCGGGAGCCUUAAAAUCAUUUAAAAUGGUUAACAAUGCAUUUGACAAUGGGUCAAAAAAACUGAUACGUUAAUAAAACCUUAUGGAU